GCUGGCCGCGGCUCGGGCGGCUCCGUGUGGGGUGAGCGGCGGCGGCGGCGCGGCCGGGCCGGGGGAGCGGGCGCUGCCCGGCGGCCUCAGCAUGGAGGACGGCUUCUCGAGCUACAGCAGCCUGUACGACACGUCCUCGCUGCUCCAGUUCUGCAACGAUGACAGCGCCUCCGCGGCGAGUAGCAUGGAGGUGACGGACCGCAUCGCCUCCCUGGAGCAGCGGGUGCAGAUGCAAGAGGACGACAUCCAGCUGCUGAAGUCGGCUCUGGCCGACGUGGUGCGGCGGCUGAACAUCACGGAGGAGCAGCAGGCCGUGCUCAGCAGGAAAGGACCUACCAAAGCAAGACCCCUGGUGCAGACCUUGCCUUUAAGAACCACCGUCAACAACGGCACCGUGUUACCAAAGAAACCUAGUGGCUCUCUGCCGUCCCCCUCCGGGACCAGGAAAGAAACUGCUAUGCCGGCAAUAACCAAAAGCACCAUCAAGAGGACCAGCUCUUCGGAACGCGUGUCCCCCGGCGGCCGAAGGGAAAGCUACGGGGACUCCAAAGGCAACCGCACCCGCACCGGCUCCACCAGCAGCUCUUCGAGCGGCAAAAAGAACAGCGAAAGCAAACCCAAGGAGCCCGUCUUCAGCGCGGAAGAGGGCUACGUGAAGAUGUUCCUCCGCGGCCGCCCGGUCACCAUGUACAUGCCCAGGGACCAGGUGGAGUCCUACAACCUGGAAGCCAAAGUGGACCUUCCCACCAAGAGGCUCAAGCUGGAGUGGGUCUACGGGUACAGGGGCCGGGACUGUCGGAAUAACCUGUACCUGCUCCCGACGGGCGAGACGGUGUACUUCAUCGCGUCCGUGGUCGUGCUGUACAACGUGGAGGAGCAGCUGCAGAGGCAUUACGCCGGCCACAAUGACGACGUGAAGUGCCUAGCAGUUCAUCCGGAUAAGAUUACAAUAGCAACAGGACAAGUCGCGGGCACGUCCAAGGAUGGGAAGCAAUUGCCCCCCCACGUGCGCAUCUGGGACUCGGUGACACUGAACACCCUGCACGUCAUUGGAGCCGGGUUUUUUGACCGAGCCGUCACCUGCAUCGCGUUCUCGAAGUCUAACGGAGGGAGCAACCUGUGUGCGGUGGACGACUCCAACGACCACGUGCUGUCGGUGUGGGACUGGCAGCGGGAGGAGCGGCUGGCGGACGUCAAGUGCUCUAACGAAGCCGUGUUUGCCGUGGACUUCCACCCCACGGACACCAACAUCAUCGUCACCUGCGGAAAAUCACACCUCUACUUCUGGACGCUGGAGGGGAACUGCCUCAUUAAGAAGCAAGGACUGUUCGAGAAGCAAGAGAAGCCCAAGUUUGUCCUCUGUGUGACGUUUUCUGAAAACGGCGACACCAUUACCGGAGACUCGAGUGGCAACAUCUUGGUCUGGGGAAAAGGUACGAAUCGAAUAAGCUAUGCCAUUCAAGGGGCCCACGAGGGUGGUAUUUUUGCACUUUGUAUGUUAAGGGACGGCACCCUGGUGUCGGGAGGCGGGAAGGACCGGAAGCUCAUUUCUUGGAAUGGAAACUAUCAGAAACUUCAUAAAACCGAGAUUCCAGAACAGUUUGGUCCGAUACGGACGGUGGCCGAGGGGAAAGGCGACGUGAUCUUGAUAGGCACCACCAGGAACUUUGUUCUGCAGGGCACGCUGUCGGGGGACUUCUCGGCCAUCACUCAGGGUCACACUGACGAGCUCUGGGGACUGGCCAUCCACGCCUCAAAACCCCAGUUCCUGACCUGUGGGCACGACAGACACGCCACUCUCUGGGACGCCGUCGGUCACCGGCCCGUCUGGGACAAGAUAAUAGAGGAUCCAGCUCAGUCUUCUGGUUUUCAUCCUUCAGGGUCUGUGGUUGCAGUUGGAACACUGACUGGGAGGUGGUUUGUGUUUGACACAGAAACGAAAGACCUGGUCACCGUGCACACGGAUGGGAACGAGCAGCUGUCCGUCAUGCGGUACUCGCCAGAUGGGAAUUUCUUAGCGAUAGGCUCCCAUGACAACUGUAUCUACAUUUACGGAGUCAGUGACAACGGGAGGAAGUACACGCGAGUUGGCAAAUGCUCGGGUCAUUCCAGCUUCAUUACUCACCUGGACUGGUCUGUAAACUCACAGUUCCUCGUGUCAAACUCCGGAGACUACGAAAUCCUUUACUGGGUUCCCUCUGCAUGCAAGCAAGUCGUCAGUGUGGAAACUACUCGGGACAUCGAAUGGGCUACCUACACCUGCACUUUGGGAUUCCAUGUCUUUGGAGUGUGGCCAGAAGGCUCGGACGGGACGGACAUCAAUGCCGUCUGUCGGGCCCACGAGAAAAAAGUCCUGUCGACGGGCGAUGACUUCGGCAAAGUACACCUCUUCUCUUACCCUUGUUCGCAGUUCAGGGCCCCCAGCCACGUGUACAGCGGGCACAGCAGUCACGUCACCAACGUUGACUUCCUCUGCGAUGACAGCCACCUCAUCUCCACGGGCGGCAAAGACACCAGCAUCAUGCAGUGGCGGGUCAUUUAGUGCCGGCGGGGACCCGGGCGCAGCGCAGGCCCCGAGGCACAGACUCGGUUACUCGGUCACUGUGAUUUCUGUUUUGUUUGAAAAGUUCUCACAAACCUCAGGAAAACCACUCCCUGUACCGGUUACCUUAGCGUAGUGGAUCAGUGAGCGCCACGUCGGAUCAGCAGUUCAGGUUUCUCUGUUGGACAAUAAAUAAAACACGUUUAAUGUAAAAAAAAAAAAAAAAAAAAAGCCAAGGUUUACAGCACGGCGACAUCGACAGGUUAACUGGUAUAUCCUUCCUACCUUUUCUAUGAACUCUUCGAAACGGUCACAGAAUGCCUUUUCAGAUCCUGUACGCAGGCUGGCUCGUUCACCGCGGAGCCUGCGAGGCCGGAUAUUUAUGAGAACGAGGUACUGCAUCACGAUCACUGUUAACUGGUCCUAAAGGGACUCACGGAUUGAGUAGAGGGAAGAACCGACUGCACAGCUGAGUCAGGAAAUGCAGCUACGACUUUAUUUGGUUCCAUUGUCUACAGUUCCAUUCAGUUCUCCCUCUGGGAGGCGGGCGGGAAGGGGGUUGAUUAACGGUUCAGCCGGGGAUACAGGCAUUUCAGAGUUCUAGAAAUGCCCGCCGAGCCCCAUGCAGUCAGCCCUGACACCCUCGUGAAUGGCACCCCCUGUGGUCCCCGUCCACCUGCCCCACGAGUGGAGACAUGUGGCCACCUUCCUCUGUAUAUUAAUUGGCAUGAUAUGGUAUUGUACUUGUAUAGGAUUUUAGCGAUUCUAAAUAAAUACGUAAGGCUAGGCUUUACUAUUUUAUGCUUA